AUGGCGAUGAAGUAUUUGCUUCUCGCAAUUUCAAUGAUUAUUACAUUGAAUGAUUGCACUUCAUCAGGACUGGGUGGAGGGGAUACGCUUCAACAGGGGGCUUCUCUCGCUGGAAAUCAGACCAUAAUAUCAAAGAAUGGCACGUUUGCAUUGGGGUUUUUUAGUCCAAGAGGAACGAAUAAUUGGUAUGUUGGCAUCUGGUACGCAGGAAUCUCUCCGAAGGUCAUUGCUUGGGUGGCUAACAGAGACAAUCCUGUCAGAGGCGUACGGGGAGUUCUGAAUUUUUCAAGCGACGGUCGUCUCAGACUGUUUGAUAGAAAGAGCCGGUCAGUUUGGUCCACUGAUUUUGGUCUUAAAGGAUGGCAGGCUGUCAUAAAGGAUUCUGGUAAUUUCAUUGUGACUGGUCACAACCACAACACGUCUGAGAUCGUUUGGGAGAGUUUCGAUCACCCAGGGGAUACAUGGUUGCCUGGCAUGAAGAUGUGGAAAGGCAUGAAGCUGACUUCCUGGAAGAGUUCUGUGGAUCCUGCAUCUGGGCUCUUCUCUGUAGGAAUUGACACGACUCCAGGAAAGACGCAACUGGUAUUGGCGUAUAACAAUAGCGUUCCGUAUUGGUCCAGUGGAGAGUGGACUGGAGUUUAUUUUAGCAACAAUCCGGAGGGGCAUGAUCCUAUGAGAUUUGUACUGUUCUAUGCGAAGAUUUCUCCUUCAAGAAUGUACAUGAAUUUUACCCUAUUCCCGUCAUUUCAUACCGUCACAGGGCGGUUCCAGCUAGAUGAGAAUGGCGAAAUACACCUUUACUGCUUGAUGGAUGAUGGUACUUGGAUUCAGGGAUGGUCGACAUACCAAGGUCAAUGCAGUCGCUAUGAUAUCUGUGGGGCAUAUGGACUGUGUAAUUUGAAUGAUGCGUGUAGUUGUAUUGAGGGUUUCACACCCAAGCAUAAGACUCGAGGUUUGUUGUCAAGUGGGUGUGCUCGGCGAGGACACCUGCAAUGCUCUGUCACCGGGGGCAGCACCGAUGGCUUCCUGGAAACCAAGAACCGAUCUUUACCCGAAGAACAAGCUGUCUCAUACAAUGAACCAACACUGCUAGGCUGCAGGACUGCUUGUCUCAACAAUUGCUCUUGUACAGCCUUUGCUUUCGUUAUUUCUGAUCUACCAGCCUGUAGACUCUGGUUUGGGGAUUUAUUAAAAAUGCGGGUUUCACCUGAUAGCCAAUCCAUCUUCAUCAGGCUGGUUGCUUCGGAGUUGCCGCAGUCGACAUCAAUGAGAAGCAGCAAAGCCCCUGUAUUUCUUAUCUUAGUUCCUUCUACCGUGGCUUUCACUGUUGUUUUAGUUCUCCUACUGGCCGCAUUUUUUCUGUGGAAGCGUCGAAGACUACCGAAGGAAAGAGUAGAAGAGGACCUGCAAAGCAUGCUCAGAACGUUCACUUAUAAAGAGCUGCGAAUCGCAACUAAGAAUUUCAAGCAUAAGAUAGGUAGCGGAGCAUUCGCCUCUGUGUUCAAAGGAACUUUGCCAGACAGCACCUUUGUGGCCGUGAAAAUAUUAGAGGGUCGUGCAGGAGCAGAAAAGCAAUUCCGUGCGGAAAUAAACACCAUCGGGAUAAUACAGCAUGUGAAUUUGGUGAGGCUCUGCGGAUUCUGCGUUGAACGCUCUCGAAGGCUACUGGUGUAUGCCUACAUGCCCAACGGCUCUCUCAAUUCUUUACUCUUUCGUAAUGAAGAAAAAAUAGAGGUUGUGUUAGAUUGGAAGAGCCGGAUGAAGAUCGCACUGGGCACUGCACGAGGAUUAGUUUAUCUCCAUGAAGAAUGUAUGGAUCAAAUCAUUCACUGCGAUCUUAAGCCUGAAAACAUUCUUCUGGACAGUGACUUCAGCCCGAAGAUAGCUGAUUUUGGGUUGGCAAAGCUGGUGGGCAGAGAUUUCAGUCGUGUGUUGACGACCACAAGAGGAACUCGGGGUUACUUGGCCCCCGAGUGGAUUUCAGGCCUUCCUAUCACUCCCAAGGUGGACGUAUAUAGUUUUGGUAUGACGUUGCUCGAAAUUAUAUCGGGGCGUAGAAAUCUGGACUUGAAGGUGGAGGAGAGCAGGUUGUACUUUCCUACCUGGGCGUCAUCACAAAUUGGGAGAGGAAACAUAAUAGGUGUUGUGGAUGUAAGAAUAGCAAGUGAGGCGAAUAUCGAAGAGGUGAAAAGAGCCGCUGUGGUUGGGGGACUGUGCAUUCAAGAGGAUGAGAAUCUGAGGCCAAGCAUGAGUGAAGUGGUGAAAAUAUUGGAAGGGAAGAUGGAGGCUCCAUCGCCACAAAUUCCAAGGUCUCCACAGGUGCUGUUAGUUCACGUAGACAACAGCAAUAGCGAUACCUCUAGCAAUCUUUCUUCUCUUAAAUCAAUAACUAUUGUAUAA